CUCACCAACUUUGUAAGUUUAAGUGGAUAUUCCAAUCAUCAUCCUUCCCAAAAAGAAGAGCUCCAAAUCCAAUGGAAUCCUCUUCCCACCAUCAAAUCACAGCUCCUCUAAGUACCUAAACUAACUACCUCUCUUUUCCCUCCCUUUUAUUUUAUUUUAUUUUCUUGGUAUGCUUUCACUUCUCAUAUAUCUUCUCUAUCAAUCUCCAAUCUUGCAGUAACUAAUAAAACCACCAUCCAUGAAGCUCCACACCAACCUUCAUCAUCAUCCUCACGAUUAGAAGCCCGAAGAAAUCUCCGGCAACUCUCCGGUUGAGCAGGUGGUGCUGACUGUCCCGAUAACUGACGAUCCAUCAUCACCGGUGCUCACUUUCCGAACAUGGUUUCUUGGAAUGAUAUCUUGCAUUCUUCUAUCUUUCCUCAACCAAUUCUUUUGGUACCGGAAAGAACCACUGUCUAUCACUUCCAUCUCAGCUCAGAUCGCCGUUGUACCACUCGGUCAUCUUCUCGCUUCAGCUCUUCCUCGCCGUGUCUUCUUCGCCGGCUCCCAGUUGGAGUUCACCCUCAAUCCAGGACCAUUCAACAUCAAAGAACAUGUUCUUAUCACCAUCUUCGCAAACUCCGGAGCCGGCUCUGUUUAUGCAGUCCAUAUCAUUUCUGCUGUCAAGAUCUUCUAUAAGAAGAACAUCACUUUCUUUCUCUCCUUCGUCAUCAUCAUUACUACUCAGGUUUUGGGAUAUGGAUGGGCAGGGUUGUUUAGGAGUUAUUUGGUAGAGCCUGCCGCCAUGUGGUGGCCUUACAAUCUGGUUCAAGUUUCACUUUUCAGGGCACUUCAUGAGAAGGAACAAAGACGAAAGGGGUAUUUAACGAGAAACCAAUUUUUCGUGAUUGCUUUUAUAUCUAGUUUUGCCUACUAUGUCUUCCCCGGCUACCUCUUCAAAAUGCUAACCUCACUGUCAUGGAUUUGCUGGGUCUUCCCUGAAUCUGUGCUUGCUCAUCAACUUGGUUCGGGGAUGCACGGGCUCGGUGUGGCUGCCAUAGGACUAGAUUGGUCUACAGUUUGUGCUUAUCUCGACAGCCCGCUUGCGAGCCCAUGGUUCGCUACCGCCAAUGUUGCGACUGGUUUUUUCCUUCUUGUUUAUGUCAUCACACCUAUCACUUACUGGCUCAAUGUCUACAAUGCCAAGACCUUCCCAAUCUUCUCUGAUGAGCUCUUCACAUCCUCAGGCCUGAAAUACAACAUAACUGAAAUUAUUGAUGCUAAUCUUCAGCUUGAUGUCAAUGCUUAUCAGAACAAAGGCCCUCUUUAUCUUAGUACAUUCUUUGUGAUGACAUACGGCAUCGGUUUUGCCUCCCUCACUGCAACAAUAGUCCAUGUUCUCUUGUUUCAUGGAAGAGAAGUAUGGCAGAUGAGCAAGUCUGCAUUCAGAGAGAAAAAUAAGGAUGUUCAUACAAUGUUAAUGAGGAAAUACAAACAAGUUCCUCAGUGGUGGUUUCUAAGCAUUCUUGUUUGCAAUGUAGCUCUCACAAUCUUUGCUUGUGAGUACUACAUUGAUGAGCUUCAACUGCCUUGGUGGGGAGUGCUUCUAGCUUGUGCAUUGGCAUUGUUCUUCACUCUUCCAAUUGGAAUCCUCAAAGCAACAACAAACCAAACACCAGGAUUGAAUGUCAUCACUGAAUACAUCAUCGGUUACAUAUACCCGGGCCGUCCGGUGGCGAACAUGUGCUUCAAGGUCUAUGGCUUUAUCAGCAUGAAACAAGCUCUGUUUUUUCUGCAAGAUUUCAAACUUGGGCACUAUAUGAAGAUUCCUCCAAGAACAAUGUUCAUGGCUCAGGUUGUAGGAACUCUUAUAUCUGCAAUGGUGCACUUAGGAACUGCAUGGUGGCUCAUGGAUAGCAUUCCGAACAUCUGUGAUAGGGCGAAGUUAUCACCUGAUAACCCAUGGACAUGCCCGGGAGAUCAUGUGUUCUAUGACGCUUCAGUUAUUUGGGGCCUCAUCGGUCCCCGGAGAAUCUUCGGAGACCUUGGCAGCUACUCAGCAAUCAAUUGGUUUUUUCUUAUUGGUGCAGUGUUGCCGGUUCUUGUCUGGAUUGCUCACAAGGCCUUUCCGACACAGAAGUGGAUUCGUCUGAUUACAGUCCCAAUAAUGAUUAGUGCACUCGGAGAAAUGCCUCCGGCAACAGCUGUUAACUACACCACUUGGAUUACCAUCGGUUUUCUCUUUGGUUUCAUUUUGUAUCGAUACAGACGGGAUUGGUGGCAGAGACAUAACUAUGUUCUAUCCGGUUCUCUUGAUGCAGGACUUGCUUUCAUGGCAGUGUUGUUGUAUUUAUGUUUAGAGUUUGAGGGAAUCAAGAUCAACUGGUGGGGAAACAAGCUGGAUGGAUGUACACUGGCUUCUUGUCCAACUGCUGAGGGGAUUACUGUUGAUUACUGUCCAAUCUCCAAAAAAAUCAGUGCUUAAAUUUGGUGGUUUUAAUUGCAAAUAUGAACAUACAUGUUUAGUAGAUGAUAGCAUUGUAUUUGUAUAAUUUGAAAAUUUAUGUUUAUGGCUUGUUUGAUUUGAUUAUGAUCAAAGAAACAAAGUUUUGUUUCUCUA